UCCAUAUCAAACCGCGCUCACAGAAGGACACUUGAGACACCACUUUGGACUGUUCGGAAGGGUCGACUAGGUUGCCAAUUACGUCGGUCGAGAAUGAGAUGGACACCCCUGGCCGACGGCGGCCUUCCCCUCAUUUACUCCCACUAGCAUGUAUCUCUAUUUCCUUUCCUUUCCUGUCUUCCCCAUUUAUUGAAAAUUAUUCCCAAUCCUUUUUCUCGGCGGACCUUCCUCCUUAUUCCCAGUGCUCAAAGCCGUCUCCCCUCCCCGGCUCCCCGGCCUGUCAAGCUUUCUGCCAAGCCAUCAACUAGACGUUAUUCCCGGACCCCGAGAAAGCCAAUACUGCGAUGUCGUCAUGAUGGAGCAGUCCCUGUUCGGCCAAACCGUUUUGACGCCGAACUCGGUUGCUUCCACCUACGCCUCACCAGCACCCGGACACCAGCACCUGCAGGGCGCCGGCACAAGUCUGAAACGGGAAUUCCCAACGACUCCCCACGGCGAUGACGAUGAUCGGUAUUCCCACAGACGCCAUCCGCUGGAUGUCGCCCGGGCACAGCAGACCCUGAAUGCGGGGCCCGGCCCCCUUAGAGAUGGUAGCACCGUGUCGCCGUCGGAGGCGACGGCGAAGAAACAGAAGCGCAACAAACCCACUCUGUCGUGCUUCGAGUGCGUCGAGAGGAAGACAAAGUGCGACCGAGGACGACCACAUUGCCUUGCUUGCAUCAAGCGUCAGACUGAGUGUAAAUACGCCCAUGUCGCCGAUCUGCUGGAAGAAACGUCACGCAAUGCCGUCAAUGGUCGUAGGAUGACCAAGCCACCCAAGAAAAAGCCAGAUGCAGUGAAAUCCUUUAUUCCAAACCUCGCGGAUCGGGUCAUCGGGAAUGUCCGAACCAAUGCCAGGGGGUAUGUCGCCUUGUCCACCGGCCUCCUGUCCAACGUUCCCUACUCUGUCGACGGCGCCUCGAAUGUCUUUGGUAUCGGUUCUGAGCACCCGUUCGCCAAUUACUGGACCUGCGAGGGCGGCCUGCCAGAAGUCAUCUCGGUGCUCCCCGAUAAAUUGCAGGCCGACAUUCUCGUCAGUUGUUACUUCGAGUGCGUCGACCCCGUCUACCCCAUGCUCCAUCGGCAGACCUUCUACGCCGACUAUGAGCAUUUCUGGUCUCUACCCCGGCCGAGUCCGGAUGGCGUCGAUCCCUCUUUUGUCGCACUGGUCUUCGUCAUACUUGCCCUGGGCACCCAGUUCGUCACAGCUACCUCGCCGAUGGAUAGGAAACAAACAGCAGAAUUCUACGCCUCCGCCAGUAAUCAAGCACUUCGCAUGAGUUCCUACCUCAGCACCGCCUCGAUACGGUCCAUUCAGGCGAUGGUUCUGAUAACGUAUUUCCUCAUAAACGAUAACCACGCCUCCGACGGCUGGGCGUUUGCAGGCAUAUUAAUGAGACAGGCGUACGCCAUGGGCCUCCAUAGGGAUCCCAACAUCGUGACUCCGAAUGCCUCCAGCUUCGAAAAGCAACAGCGUCGCAAGGUAUGGCAAGCAGUACUGCUCCAGGACACCUUCCUGACGGUGUUGCUCUCUCUCCCGCCGAACGCUACCCACACAGACGUCAACGUCGAGGACCUCGUCGACGACUCGUCCUCCAUCGCUAACAGCAACCCGACCGACACGGCCUACAUCCGCGGGUCGUGGACGCUGGCCAACCUCGUCCAGGAGACCAUCUGCAGCCCGCGCUCGCUCGACCUCCCCAUCUGCACGACGGCGCGCCACAAGUCCAAGCUGGUCGCCGACUUCCGCGCCGUGUACCGCUCCUUCCCCGACAUCUUCCGGUCAUGGGACCCGGACUCGCUCUCGCAGCUGGCGCAGACCAACAAGCGCGUCGUCCGGCAGACGCUCUUCCUGACGAGCAACUACUUCCACAACCUCAUGCUCGUGCACGCCUCGGAGAGCCCCGACGUCCCCGUCAACGUGCGCGGCACCCUCGAGGCCGCCCACGACGCCAUCGCCUCCUUCUUCGUGCUCUUCGCCCUCUUCGAGUCCGAGGCCCGCGUCUGGUGGGUCUUCAACCACCGCGCCUUCCUCGAGGCCCUCUGCGUUGGCACCGUCCUGCGCGAGACCCUCGCCAGGCCCGACGGACCCGACGCCGUCGCGAAGGACCCGCUCUUCGUCAGGGCGAGGGCCGAUAUUGGGCGUAUGAUUCAGAUCAUGCAGUUUAUGGCCGAGGGUGAGCGUGGGUCAGAGACUGCAAGGACGAGGAUCGAGGUCCUCCGCGACCUUUUGUAGUCGCGGCUUGGAAUAGGGAUGCCUGCCUACAUAUACCUGCAUAUAUAUAUAUAUACGUCUGUCUCCAACAUGGGCAUGGAAGGGCAUGUACGCAUUAGCAUUGUACCAGUUUAACUUGGUGAGUGGUGAGCCAAAAGGGGACGGGUUGGAUUACCGCUCUGCCUUUCGGGGGCUCAUCUAGAUAGUAGGCCUGAAUGAUAAUCUUCUUACACCUUA